AUGCUGUCCGGAGCCUGGCUGUGCUGGGCCGGCCUCCUGCUCCUGGCCAGGCCCUCCCGGCCCUGCCCUACGGGCUGUGACUGCUUCAUCCAGGAGGUGUUCUGCUCUGAUGAAGGGCUGGCCGCCAUCCCUCCAGACAUUCCGCCCCAUGCCACAGACAUCAUCUUUGUAGAGACCUCGCUCACCACGGUGGGAGCCCGGGCCUUCAGCGGCAGCCCCAACCUGACCAAGGUGGUUUUCCUCAACACUCAGCUCCGGCACUUCGGGCCCGACGCCUUCGGGGGGCUGCCCAGGCUGGAGGACCUGGAGAUCACCGGCAGUACCUUCUCCAACCUCAGCGCCGACGCCUUCUCCAACCUGACCUCGCUGGGGGAGUUCACCCUCAACUUCAACGCGCUGGAGGCUCUGCCCGAGGGCCUCUUCCAGCAGAUGCACGCCCUGGAAUCUCUCCAGCUGCAGGGUAACCGGUUCCAGAGCCUGCCCGGGAGGCUCUUCCGGCCUCUGAGAGGGCUGAAAGCCCUCAACCUGGCCCAGAACCUGCUGUCCCGCUUGCCUGAGGAGCUGUUUGAGCCCUUGGGGAGCCUGCAGACCCUGAGGCUGAGCAACAACGUGCUCUCCGGCCUGCCCCCCAGUGUGUUCAGCCAGCUGGGCUGCCUGCGGGAGCUCUUCCUCGACGGCAAUGCCAUCAAGGAGCUGCCACCAGGAGUGUUUGCGGGGCUCUUCCGGCUGGAGAAGCUGUGGCUGCAGCGCAAUGCCAUCGGCCACCUACCGCUUUCCGUCUUCUCCUCUCUGGGCAACUUGACCUUCCUGAACCUGCAGGGGAACGCGCUGCAGGGGCUGCCUGCCGGCCUCUUCGCGCCCACCCCGGGCCUGCUCGGCCUGUCUCUGUCCUACAACCGGCUGGAGGCCGUCAGCGAGGACGCCUUUGCCAACCUGUCCAGCCUCAGUUCCCUGACUCUGUCGCACAACGCCCUCACCCAUCUCCCCGCCGGCGUCUUCAGGGACCUGCAGGAGCUGGUCAGGCUCUACCUGGGCAGCAACAACCUGACGACCUUGCACCCAGCGCUCUUCCAGAACCUGUCCAAGCUGGAGCUGCUCAGCGUCUCCCGAAACCUCCUGACCACGCUCCCCGAGGGCAUCUUCGACACGAACUACAACCUGUUCAACCUGGCCCUGCGCGGCAACCCCUGGCAGUGUGACUGUCACCUGGCCUACCUCUUCGGCUGGCUGCGUGAGUACAGCGACCGGCUCUUCAACAUGCAGACCUACUGCGCGGGCCCCACCUACCUGAAGGGCCAGCUCCUGCCCACCUUGCAGGAGGAGCAGCUGGUGUGUCCCGUGACCGGCAACCGUCUGGGCUUCCAGGCCCCAGGGUCAGAGGACGGAGAGCUGGGGGGCCCCUGGGACCUGGCUGCGGAGGAGAGGGCGGUUGGGAGCCGGUGCACCUACAGCAACCCUGAGAGCACCGUGGUGCUUGCCUGUGACGGUGAGGAUCGGUGCCGUUGGCUGAAUGUCCAGCUGUCCCCCAGGCCGGGGUCAGCCCCCCCGGCACUAACGUUCAAUGGCAGCCAGCACUGGGACUUGAAGUCGAGCUGCGGCUCCGUGAGGAUCACCGUGGCCAUUGAGGCCCGGCCAGGGGGGAGCUAG